AUGUAUUUGUACAACUUAACAUUGCAAGGUUCAUCAGCAAUCAACCAAGCAAUUCAUGGAUCUUUCUGCGGUUUGCCAAAACAACAGGAAGUAUGCAUUGCGCGCGGCAAUCUUCUUCAGUUAUUGUUUUGUGAUCCGAAAACAGGAAAAAUUCAUGUUUUAUGCAGUCAUAAUGCCUUUGGUAUUAUAAGAUCGUUGUUGGCUUUUCGUUUAACUGGAGGAAGCAAAGAUUAUAUUGUUAUUGGUUCGGAUGCCGGACGUAUUGUAAUUCUGGAAUAUAAUGCACAGAAAGUGUGUUUUGAAAGAGUUCACCAGGAAACAUUCGGGAAAACUGGCUGUCGACGAAUUGUUCCGGGACAGUUUCUUGCUGUUGAUCCCAAAGGACGUGCAAUCUUGAUUGGUGCCGUAGAGCGUCAGAAAUUGGUGUAUAUUAUGAAUCGGGAUGCAUCGGCUAAUUUAACAAUCAGUUCGCCGCUGGAAGCACACAAAUCUCAUUGCAUCUGUUACAGUGUUGUUGGUGUGGAUGUCGGAUUCGAAAAUCCUACUUUUGCAUGUUUAGAAGUUGAUUACGAGGAAGUUGAUCACGAUCCUACUGGACAUUUGGCUACCAAAAUUCCUCAGACAUUAACGUUUUAUGAAUUGGAUCUUGGUUUGAACCACGUAGUACGCAAAUAUGCUGAGCCAUUGGUUGAUAAGGGAAAUAUUCUGAUUUCAGUACCUGGUGGACAAGAUGGGCCUAGUGGUGUUAUUGUUUGUUGCGAAAAUUAUCUUGUUUAUAAAAAUUUGGGUGAUCAACCAGAUAUCAAAUGUCCAGUACCACGAAGAAGGAAUGAAUUGGAUGAUUGUGAUCGCACUGUCAUUAUUGUAUGUUCCGCAACACAUAAGACAAAAUUGAUGUACUUCUUCUUGGUACAAACUGACCAGGGUGAUAUUUUUAAAGUUACACUGGAAAGUGAGCAUGAUAUUGUUACCGAACUUAAAAUCAAGUAUUUCGACACGAUACCAGUCUCGAAUGCUAUGUGUAUUUUAAAAACAGGAUUUUUGUUCACUGCAAGCGAAUUCGGAAAUCAUCACUUAUAUCAGAUAGCACAUUUGGGUGAUGAAGAUGAUGAACCUGAAUUUUCAUCUCGAAUGCAGUUGGAAGAGGGUGAAACCUUCUUUUUCGCUCCUCGUGGGCUCACAAAUUUGGCAAUUGUUGACCAAAUGGAUAGCUUAUCACCGCUUAUUUCUUCCUACAUUGACGAUUUGGCUAAUGAAGAUUCUCCUCAAAUUUACACUUUAGUAGGACGUGGUGCACUUUCAGCAGUCAAAGUAUUGCGCAAUGGUUUGGAAGUAACGGAAAUGGCUGUAUCUGAAUUGCCUGGUAAUCCGAAUGCAGUUUGGACAGUAAAACGGAAUAUUGAUGAUAAAUUUGAUUCUCAUAUCGUUGUAUCAUUCGUUAAUGCAACACUGGUAUUAUCUAUUGGUGAAACUGUCGAAGAAGUUACGGAUUCUGGCUUUCUUGGUACGACGCCGACACUUGGGUGUGCACUUAUUGGCGACGAUGCUUUGUUGCAGGUGUAUCCGGACGGUAUUCGACAUAUUAGGGCUGAUCGGCGAGUUAAUGAGUGGAAGGCACCUGGUAAACGUACAAUUAUGAAAUGUGCAUUGAAUCGAAGGCAAGUGGCAAUCGCACUUGCCGGUGGUGAACUGGUGUAUUUUGAACUGGACGUGACUGGUCAAUUGAACGAAUACACUGAGCGACGUGAAUUACCUGCUGAUGUCCUGUGCAUGAGCUUAAGUGAGAUUCCUGAAGGCGAGUUACGGUCGCGUUUUCUUACUGUGGGUUUGGCGGAUAAAACAGUACGAAUUAUAUCCUUGGAUCCACAGGAUUGUCUUUCACCGCUCAGUAUGCAAGCAUUACCAUCAGAACCAGAAUCAAUUAUUGUGCUCGAAAUGUUUGGCACCGAGACGCAAAGUGCAUCAACUGUUCAUUUAAAUAUUGGUUUGCAGAAUGGAUGUUUGCUGCGAACCACUGUGGAUCAAGUUACAGGUGAGUUAACGGAUAACAGAACUCGCUAUUUGGGAACAAAAAGUGUAAAGUUGUUCCGUGUAAGAAUACAAAGUAAAGAUGCGAUCAUGGCUGCGUCAUCUCGAGCUUGGCUUUUAUACGAUUACCAAAGCAGAUUCCAUCUAACUCCUCUUUCAUAUGCGGCUCUGGAAUUUGCGGCCGGUUUUUCAUCAGAACAAUGUCCGGAAGGAAUUGUAGCUAUCGCAGAAAACACUUUAAGAAUUUUGUCACUUGAAAAGUUGGGAGCCGUUUUUAACCACGUUGUACAUCCACUGGACUAUACGCCUCGGCGCAUGGUAGUGCAUAAAGCAUCUGGAAAUCUGAUUAUAAUCGAAAAUGACCAUGCUGCUUUCACGGUAAAAGGGAAAAUGGAACGUCGGAAACAGCUUGCAGAUGAAUUAAUGGAAGUAGCAAAGGAGGCGGAAGAAGCAGACCAACAAGCGGUAAAAGAAAUGGCGGAUGCAAUUCGUACUGAAAAAGUUGAUGAAAGAGUUUAUGGAUCACCAAAAAAUCAAAAAGGUAAAUGGGCUUCAACAGUUCGAGUUAUGCGCAGUAACGAUGGUGAGACGCUUUCACAUUUUCCAUUCGCUGAAGAUGAAGCUGCGUUUGCAAUAGCAAUGGUACAGUUUCAAAACCAAAGCGACACACAGUUUGUAUUAGUUGGUUGCGGUUGUGAUUUGCAAUUGAAGCCUAGAAAGGCAAAUGGGGGAUGCAUUUAUACUUUCCUGCUGGCAGCUAAUGGUACCACACUUCAACUGUUGCACAGAACGCCAACCGAUGAAGUCGUAAAUGCCAUUCAUGAUUUCCGUGGAAUGGCGCUAGCUGGUGUGGGGAAAAAAGUAAGGCUGUACGAUCUUGGCAAGAGAAAAUUGCUUGCUAAGUGUGAAAACAGGCAGAUACCUACACAAGUUGUUGAUAUUCGAUCAAUGGGACAACGUAUUGUUGUAAGUGAUUCACAGGAAUCGGUGCAUUUCAUGCGUUAUAAAAAACAGGAUGGUCAGUUGUCGAUAUUCUGCGAUGAAACAUCUCCACGUUACGUAACUUGUGUAUGCCUGCUGGAUUAUGACACAGUUGCGGUUGGAGAUCGUUUUGGAAAUGUUGCUGUGUUACGACUACCUAAAGGUGUAACCGAAGAGGUGCAAGAAGAUCCGACUGGUGUACGUGCGCUAUGGGAUCGAGGAAAUCUGAAUGGAGCUUCGCAAAAGUUGGAAGCCAUAGCUCAUCUCUAUAUUGGCGAUGCGAUAACAUCAAUGCAGAAGACAUCCCUAGUACCAGGUGCAAAUGACUGCCUUUCCUAUACAACGAUUUCAGGAAUUAUUGGAAUUUUGGUGCCAUUCAUGUCCAGAGAUGAAUUUGAAUUUUUCCAAAAUCUUGAAAUGCAUAUGAGAGUGGAAUAUCCGCCGCUUUGUGGUCGUGAUCAUCUUGCGUAUCGUUCCUACUAUUUCCCUGUUAAGUCAGUUAUUGAUGGUGAUCUCUGCGAGCAGUACUCGCUAAUGCCAUUGGAUAAGCAGAAAUCAGUUGGUGAAGAACUGGGAAGGAAGCCAACUGAGAUUCAUAAAAAACUGGAAGAUAUCCGAACUCGUUAUGCGUUUUAA